ACACUUUUGGUGAAAGUGUGUAUGCGAUACAUUGGGACCCCCUUCAAAAGGAGAAGGUUUUGGGGCUAGUGCUUAUAAGGUGGAUUGGAACCCAGAAGAUGCACCUUCUAGUAAGUACUUCUACUACAUUACCAAGUCGAGAAUGUGUUAGUCCCAAACGAACCCAUGGUUUGUUAUUUCCUAUAGAAGACAAGGGUUUUGGGGCAAGUGCUUAUAAGGUGGAUUGGAAACCAGAAGAUGCACCUUCUGAAGAAAAAGGUUUUGGGGCAAGUGCUUAUAAGGUGGAUUGGAAACCAGAAGAUGCAUCUUCCAAAGAAAAAGGUUUUGGGGCAAGUGCUUAUAAGGUGGAUUGGAAAUCAAAAGAUGCACCUUCUGAACAAAAAGGUUUUGGGGCAAGUGCUUAUAAGGUGGAUUGGAAACCAGAAGAUGCAUCUUCCAAGCAAAAUGGUUAUGGGGCAAGUGCUUAUAAGGUGGAUUGGGAAACAGAAGAUGCACCUUCCAGUAAGUACUUCUGCUACCUUACCAUGUAA